AUGGGCUUCGAACCUAUGGAAAAGGCUGCGCAAGCGCUUGAGUUAUUAUUACGCUCUCUUCCAGAAGAUUGUUACUUUAAUGUAGUAUCUUUUGGAUCUAGACAUGAUUCUCUUUUCCCAAAAAGUCGGCUUUAUUCCGAAACAUCAUUAUCUCAGGCUAUUGAUCUUGCUCAAUCAAUGACCUCAGAUUACGGUGGAACGGAUAUUUUUAAAGUAUUAAAAUGGGUAUUUAAGAAUUCAAGAAAUGAUAUGUCAACUUCCGUAUUUCUCAUUACAGACGGAGAAAUUUUUGAUGUUGAACAAGUUGUAAAACUUGUACGUGAAAAGGAAGAAAAAAAGAAGGAUGAUUUACGCCUUUUUUCUUUAGGAAUUGGUGGUUCUGUUUCUCAUAAUUUAGUGGAAUCUGUUGCUCGUGCUGGGAGAGGAUACGCCCAAUUUGUAACAACUAAUGAAAGGAUGGAUAAAAAACUUAUUGGAAUGUUAAAAAAUGCUUUAAAACCACCGAUCAAAGAUUAUAAAAUUACUUGGACAGACGUUAAUUUCUCGGAAUCAACCGAAAAGGAUGUAACUACUAUGGAAGAAGAUGAGCCUGUAAUUAGCUUUUAUAGCGACAAGACGGAACCUCUACCAUCACAUCCAAGUAAUAUCUUUACUGAUAUUAAGAUUCGACAAGCUCCUUAUUUAAUUCCACCUAUUUAUCCUGGUGUUCGUUUCAUUGUAUAUUGCAUUUUGGAGAAAAAUAUUGAACCGUGUCAAGCUAUCACUUUAAAUGCAACUUCUCAAGAUGGUCCAAUGAAACUUGAUAUUUCUUUGGAUCCCGUUACUUUGCAAGGUUCAAAGAUUCAUAGAUUAGCAGCAAGAAAACUUAUUCAAGAUCUUGAUGAUGGAAAAUCAUUUCUUCAUAAACAUCCUGAAAAUUCUGGUAAACAUAUUCCGGCUUCAUUGGUUAAAGAACAUAUUGUUAACCUUGACGUUGGUGACGUUGAAGAUGUUGAAGACAAAGUAGAAGUAGUUAUGAGAAAUUUCGAUAAAUUAUUUAGUGCUGAUGAUAUAUUAUUAAGUGUUUCGGAUUGA